AUGAAUCGAGUGAAAUAUCACGGCAAAGUUACCCGAUUUUUAUCGAAUAUAGUUUGACGAUUGUAACGACAUAGAUCAUCAUUAAUAAUUCAGGAAAGAACUUACUUAGUGACAUUCACCCAUCGAAAAUAAUUAACUGUUAUUGUCCGUCGUUUAAGACAAAUUGUUACUUUUCCUUUUAAAAAUGCAAAGUUUCAAUGCACAUACAAUUCUUAUUAUAGCCGUGAUCAAUAUACCCCAAAUAUUGGGUCACGGUAUGCUAAUGGAGCCGGUGAAUCGACUCAGCGCAUGGAGAUUGGAUUUUAAUACUCCAGUUAAUUACGACGAUAAUGGUAAUUUCUGCGGUGGAUGGGCGGUUCAGCAUCAAAUCAAUGAUGGUAACUGUGGUCCGUGUGGAGAUUCUUAUUCAGAUGUUCAGCCCAGGAGCAGCGAAAAUGGCGGAGUCUAUGGAACUGGAACAAUUGUCCGAAAUUACACCGAGGGUCAAGCCUUCACAGCAAUCGUCCGGAUAACAGCGAAUCAUCGAGGCUACUUCACCUUUGCCCUGUGCCCAUUGUACUACCCAAGUGACAUUGAAACUGAAGAGUGUUUUGAUAAUUACCCAAUUUUGACAGCGGACGGCCAAUCGACAUACUUUUUACUCCGUUACGAUAACGAUGAUUAUGCCAUUGACUUGGUACUACCCGAGGGCCUGACGUGCGAUCAUUGUGCUCUCAGAUGGCACUACACAACUGGAAAUAAUUGGGGUAUGUGUGCGGAUGGAAGAGGAGCGCUUGGAUGUGGAAGACAGGAAAAUUUCAGGACAUGCUCCGACGUUGCCAUCUAUAGCAGAUAAUUGAUCUGGUUAUUUUCAUAACAAGUAAAUCUGUAUUUAUGCAGUUAGAUGCCACUCAAAUCAAUGACAUCGAUGUCCUAAUAGAAAUCAUCGAAAUCUCAUAAUUUAAAAAUUCUAAACUAAUUUUAGUUCUGAGACCUAUCGCUAUUUAAUUAUGCAGUUGCACAGAGAAAAAAAUUCGGUAAUUAAUUAAUUAUGAUGGGAUUUAUCCUACAAAAAAUGAUUAAUCUAAAAAUCAAAGUGGCCUAUUUUUAUUAAAAAAUAUUCAUUCAAUUCCUCAAUUUUAGUGAGUCUUUGCAGCUGAAACUUUGCAUUUUGUAAGCGUACAAAUAAUUCAAAAAGAUCCAUUUCAUCCUCCACCCCCACCUCUGCUGUGAGGACCAUAGUCUGAUAUGAUAGAAAAUCAAAUAAAACUUGGUCAAAAAAAAUGGGGCGGUUAGAACACGAGGGCUCACGUUAUUGAUUACUUCUCCGAAAGCCCCAAAUUUGUAAGGUUUUAAAUCUGCCAGUUUCAUUGUUUAAACGGGGGUUUCGCAAAAGACAACUGCACAUGGGCAGGUUUUUUUCCUCAUUUGAGGUUUUCACUCUUCACCCGGUGAAUGUGGUGCAGCCAGUGGGGACGAGUCUAAAAGAAGAAAUCGUAAAAAUUCAAAAGGGUGUAUGAAAGAGAAAAAAUGCAGAACUGCGGUUCGCCAAAUUUAAGCCGGCGAAAUGUUUUUUUUUCCUUUAUUGAGACUCAAUUCUUCCAGUUUUAUCGGAUUAGUUUCUUCUUUGUUGAGAUUCCAUAAUGAAUGGUUAAACAGAAUUAUGCAAAUAAAUUCAUGGAAAAAUA